AUGCGAAACGAGACAAAGAAAUCAGGGGGAGAUGCCUAUCUUACCACCGGGUGUUACAACCACUAUGGUAAAGGAUUUGUGCAUGUCAACAGACAUGUCGCCCUAGGAGGAGCCAUCAGCGGGACUUCGACUAUUGGGGGAGACCAAUUCGAUAUAGCCUUCCAGAUUUGGAAGGAUCCCCUUUCAGGCCAUUGGUGGUUGGGUAUGGGCCUGAAUGUAGUCCCGAUCGGUUACUGGCCCGUCGAGCUAUUCACUACUCUCUCUGGUCAUGCCUCCGAAGUACAGUGGGGUGGGGAGGUUCUGUACCUGAACAGCUCUGGAAUGAGCAAUACCACCCAGAUGGGUUCCGGGAAAUUUCCAGGAAAAGGAUUCAGGAAAGCAGCAUAUUUCUGCAACCUGCAGAUUGCUGAGAAGAACCGUUCCUUUCUGCCGCUUCGAGACUUUCAGAUAGGAGCUACUCAGCCUGACUCCUACGGCGUUAAGAAGACGCAUAGUACCGGCUGUGGAGAGCAUUUCUACUAUGGAGGGCUAGGGCCACUACGAUCGUCGUCUUUUCGUAGCGAUCCUUUAGCUCUUGUGGUUUUAUUUUUUGCUAUUUCUUUUGUUGUUUAGUUAUCAUUCUGUAGCCACUUCAUAUAAUAUAUGUGCUACCUACUUUAAUCGUUUGUGUGUGUAUUGUAAAAGAUUCAGUUGAGAAAAUUUAUAUUUUCAGUUU